AUGGUUGGCGCGACUGGGGAAAGGGCAGGCUACGGUGCCAGGACCCACUAUAGGCAGCCUCUCCCCGUGAAUGGCCGUUGUGGGCGUGUCCUCCUCGGCCAUGGCCCAGGGCCCCAGUACUUGGCCACUCGGGCCCCGUCGGCAGUUUAUUUCUUUUUGCGGGCGGUCUCCCACGUCCCCGCCGCCAGCAUCAGCAGCACCGACCCAACCAACCAAAAGCACUUCCCGCUACACACCAUGGCCGCCCUCAGACGCCUGCGUGCCUCCCUGGCUCGAAUGUUCAGCUCUUCCCCGUCGAAUUCGGCACGGUUAUCUCCAUCGAGAAUCUUUUUCAGGAGGUCAAAAGUCGACUCGUACUCCUCGUUGGCUCAGACUCCCGAUUCGAGCCGUAGCGUUUCUUUCGCCGACUCGAUCACGUGGCCAUAUAUUGAUGAUGAUGAAAACUCCUCCAUCAGCCGU